AUGGCGGACAUCACGCUCGAUGGCUGGGUGCCCCUGUCCCAGGCAGCCCCGCUGCGCUACCUGCGCAUGCGAGCGGUCGAGAAGAAUAGCGCCAAGCGGGCCAAGCGCUUCCCGCUGCCGCCGCCCGCGACGCCGCCGACGCGGCCGGCGCGCGUGGUACCGUUCGCGCCGGAACGGCCGCGCACCGCCGCGCACCGGCGCGCCGUCGGCAAGUUCCGGCGCGAGGACGAUUCCGUUCUCGACGGUGAAGAGACGGUGUGCUCGGUCGGCGCGGGCCGGGGCGAGGCCGCCUGGUUCGACAUGAUACGGGAGCGCACGGAGUCGCCGUCGAGGCCUCGCUCCGCGGGCGCGACGAGGCCACAGGCGGCGCCACGGACACCAGCAGCACGGCCGAGGUCCGCCGCGAGGCCUCGCUCGGCCGGAGCUACAAGGCCGCGGUCCGCGGGCGCCACGAGGGCCGCCGCGGGCACGCCCCUGUCGGCGACGCGGCCCUAUUCGGAGCGACGGUUCGUCCCGCGCGGCCCGGAAAUCCACGCCAAGCUCCCGCCGGCGCGCCACACGGUCCAGCGGCCGCCGCGGCGGCCGCGCACCGCCGACGCGUCGCUGCGGCGGCGGAUCACGCGCGCGCGGCCGCUCCCGCGCAAGGCCGAGACGGCCCACGUCGCGCGCACGAGCGCACCAACGGAGGCGGGGGCGCCGUCGGCCCGCUACUUCGAGUUCUCCCAGGAUUUGCUGCGGGCCGACGCGCAGUUUCGCGGGCGCCAGGCGACGUUCAAGCGCUACAGCGCGACGAGCAUCGACGAGCUGCACCCGCGCCACAACGCGCGGGAUUUGCUGCGGCGGCGCAAGAAGUUCCUCGGGUACACGGACCUCAAGACGCCCAUUCCAAGCUUCGACACGGCCGACGAGGCGACCGCGGCGUCCUCAGUGCGCGAGACACCCGACGACGCCGCCUCGGAGUGCCACGCCGACGGCCGCAAGCGCAAGGACUACGCCGGCGGCGAGGCGAAGCGACGGUACCACGGCAUGGUCAACAGCGUGCGGCGGCGGGUCGCCGUCCUGGACGCCGCGGCCGCGCGCGACGCGGACCUCAUGGCACGGCUCGCCGCGGACGACGCCGCGUCCGUCGGGAGCGGCCCGGCCACGUACAAGGCCUGGAACUCGCCGCGGCACGCCUUCGCCCGGACGUGCGACGCGCGGCCGGGCUGCCUGUCGGAGCCGGUCUUCGUGAGCCACGACCACGAUCCCCACCACAUCGACCUCUCCCAGCGGGGCCUGGGCGACGACCUGGUCAAGGCCUUUUGCGACGACCUGAUGCCGUCGCUGCAGCUCACGACCCUGAAGCUCGCUCACAACCGCCUGGCUAAAAAAGGGCUCGACGCCGUGCUCAAGGCGAUUUACAAAGCGCCGCAACUGGAGGAGCUCGACCUGUCCGGGAACCGCAUCCCGGUGAAGACUGCGCGGGCGCUCGCCGAGUACCUCGACGAGUGCCAGCUGAAGCGGCUCCGGUUGGACGACUGCUCCCUGGACGCGGAGGGCUGCGGCGCCCUGAUGUGGGCCGUGGGCCGCGGCGACGACGAGCUCGUGGAGCUGUCGCUCCGGGGAAAUAGUAUAGCGAAGGGCGACUCGGCCCUGAACCAAUGGCAGGGCGACCACGAGGGCGUCUCCGAGGGCGGGGACGACGCCGACGAGUACUACCGGGGCGGCGCGGCCGUCGGCGUGGCGCUGAUAGAGAACGCGACGCUGCUGAAGCUCGACCUCGGCAAGUGCGCGCUCGGUCCGGCGGCGGGCGUGGCCAUUGGGCUCGGCCUGGCGUGGAACCGGUGCCUGAAGUACCUCGACAUCUCGGACGCGUCGCUCGGCGAACGGGGCGGCAUGGCCGUGUGCCGCGCGGUCGACGGCCACGGGGGGCUCGAGCGGCUCCUGCUGGCGAACGCGGGCCUCGGCCCGAAGGCGGGCAUGGUCCUGGGCGAAGCCCUGCGCGACAACUGGGCCCUCGCCUACCUGGACCUGUGCGGCAACCCGCUGGGCGCGGCCGGCGCGCGCGCGGUCUGCGCGGCGCUGCACGCCAGCCGCCGCGCGAACCGCGCCAUCAAGCUCGAGAACGUGGACCUGUCGCUCCGCGGUGCCCCGUUCGACGCCAGCAAGCCCGCGGGCGUCUACACGCUCGACGUGGAUCUUCCCUACGACUGGAUGGUCGCGAAGCAGCUCCUGCGGGUGGCGGCGACGCGGCCCGGCGCGCGCAUCAAGAAGCUCAUCGAGCACUCGGACCCCCGCGACGACGAGCCGGCGAACGCCCUGCAGCGCCGCCGGGAUGCGAUCCAAUCCCUCGUCGCGCGGGCGGCCGAGGCCGGCGGCGGCGCCGUCCACAAGCCCCAUCGCAAGCACCGCAAGGCCGUCCACCUGACGGCGCCCGACGUCAGCGGCGUCGUCACGGUGAAGCCGAAGCGGAAGCGCAGGCCCAUGGACGCGGCGACGGCCGACCGGCUCCACGAGCGCUUCGCGGCGGCGGCGGCGAAAACUAGCGCGACCCUCGACGACCUCUUCACGGCGCGCGACGAGGACGGCGGCGGCCUCGAAGCCGACCAGUUCCUCAAAUUGGCGCGGGAGGACUUUGGCAUCGCGAAGGAUGGCGAGACGGGCGUGUCGAAGGAGGACAUCGACUGGCUGGCGGAGGCGCUGGACCGGGACGGCGGCGGCACGGUCAGUCCCGACGAGUUCCGGGAUUUCCUCGACGGCGGGCUCGCGGGCCUCGCCGGCGUCGAGUCGUCGGGGAGCAGCGUCGCUACGGCGGCUGCGGAAGCCACGCGAGAUACCGACGCCCGAGCCAACGCGCUGGCGCGCGCGGCGCUCAAUCCGUUCUCGCCGGAGUUCAGGGCGGCCACGAUGCUGCAGCGCCGCUUCCACACGUUUCGAUCCACCAGGGCCGCGCGCGAGACCGCGGCCGUGCGCGCGACGAACUCGAACCUCGCGGCCUUUGCGACGCCUGGCGACGCGCUCCCGCCGCGCGGCCGGCCGCGCUUCGCGCUGGACGCGGACACGGCGGCGGCGACGGCGGCCGACGCCCGGCGGCACGCGCUCAAGCGGCGCCUGAUCGACGACGACACGGGCAAGCCCUGGGCGCCGCGGCCGCGCACGACGCUCGACGUCGUGAUGGUCACGACGACCCCCGCGCCGGCCUUGGGCACGCUCAACGCUUCUGGGUUGUUGGCCGUGGCGCGACUCAUCGUGACGUCCCAGCGCGACGACCGGACGGCUUUGUUACGCAUCGCGCUGGGCGACACGGCGAUGAGCUGCGCCCAGGGCCAAGAACUCAUCGACCGGAUCAACUCGAGCUCGAAGCCGUUGACGAGCGGCGAAACGGUGGACGCCGUCGCGGCCCUAGCGGAGCGGGCGGUCGAUUCCGAGGCGGUGCCGGCGCUGAUCGAUAGAAACUUGUCGGAUGACCAGGCCAGGACCUUGCGGCGUAUUAUGGGCGGCGCCUACGACAUUUUUACGGGUGCCCUGUCGGGGCGACACCUGCUCGACGUGCACCGGCGCGUCGACCGAGCGGCGCUCUACCGGCUCGUCGCCGAGGAAAGCGCGAGCGCGGCCGCGCGCAAGGAGCGACUAGAGGCGAGUAGUCCUGAUGCCGAGGAAAGCGUGAGUCCACGAGGCUUCGCCGCGGUCACGGUCGACGGCAAGCCGGCCGAUGCAAGUACUCUCGACGCGCUGGCCAAGUGCUUUGGAGGGCUGGGAGAGGGUACGGCAGAGCCGGUCGAGGCACCGGCCAAAGCACCGCCCAAGGCACCCAAGAAGGCGUCCAAGAAGGCACCCCCAAAGGCACCCAGGGCACCGGUCGCACCGGGGAAGGGCCGCCACGUCGCGUUCGACUACCUGGCGCCGCCCGCCACCGGCACGGCGGCGCCGGACGCCCGCGUCGCGACCUUGCUACACGCGUGCGGCAUGAAACUCGACGCAGCGACCAUCGCAGCGUCGCCGCGUCUCCUCAGGCUCUUACCGGGCCAUUUAUUCCUCGAGGCGACGAAGCGAUCGCCGGUCGUCGAAGGCCCCGCGGAGGCGCUCGAGUGCGUCGGCGCCCCGGGACCGGCACCGGCACCGGCACCUUCCUACCGCGAGGCGAAACGACUAAGCGGCCGCUACUCGACCGAGGACGAUCUUGCGGACUGGCUCGCCGAGCGGGACGUGUCGUUACCUGAGGACGCAUUGGCCGCGCUCUCGGAGGACCUGGAUCGCGGCCUCGCGGUGCUCCGGUGCGACAUUGACGUUGGAGAGGACGAAACGACGCUGCGAGUCGUGCGCACGACGUGCGACGUCCGCGUGCGCGUCUGCCACCCGCACGUCCAGGCAGUGCUCGCGUGGCGGCGCAGAACGGAGGAGGCCAUCGCGCCUGUACCCGUGACGACGAACAAGAGGGCUGCACGCCAACCUCUCGACGGCAUUGUCUGGAUCUGCCGCCUGCAAGCUUUAGUUAGGGCUGCCUUUGCGCGGGCCGCGGCGCGCGCCGCGCGCGGAGAGCGCCCGCCCACCGAGACGUUUGUCGAACUGCGGAUACCGCUCGACGCGAACGGUAAGCCGACCACGAGCCCCGCGCGGCGCGCGGUCGUUGGCGUGGCACGCACUCUCUGCGAGCGCCUCAAUUUGAACGUGGGACCUGAUGAUGUUCGCGCCACCUUAAGAGUUAGGAAGACUGAGCCUGCUACGACGGCAGCGCCGCGGUGCCUCAGGGACGUACGAAGUGAGGCGGUCGUGUUUUACUACGACGCGUACGUCCGCGGGCUGCCUGCAUCUACCAAAACCUCGAGAUAUUCGCCCUAUGAACGUGCCACUUGGACACCCUACGAGGAUUGCGAAGCGCCGCCGCCGGACGAUCUCGACGCUUCGGCGGUCGUGGCUGCCGUUCGCUCGGCGACGACCACAGAACAGUUUACCUGCGACCAGAUCCGUGCCAUCGUCGCAACGUUCAUAGCACGCGCCUGGGGUCUCGAGCACGCCAGAAAACGCCGCCUUGAUGCGGCUCGGCGCGAGCAGGAGGCCGAGCGUCGUGAGCAAAAGAGGCUCGAGAUGGAAAGAAUGGCCGCUCUUGCGGGAGGGCGCAUGACGUCUCCCUCGCCCACGCCAGGGGCUCUCCCCCAGGAUAGGCGGAGCUCCCUCGCUCACAGCCAAGCCGCGGCGCGCGGUCAAGCGCUGACGCCGAAGCCCUCGCCCAGGACCAGGAACCGAGAGGUCGACGACGGCCGACCGCCUCCCGACGUGGAACGAUCUCUCGGGGACUUGGUCGUCCACCUCUACUCGCGUUGCUCGUGUCCUCCUGAGGACUUCUACGCAGAGGUCUUGGUACCGACGUUCGACGACAAAGGCCGGCGAAAGGCCAUCAUCGCGCGCUUCGGCUGGGACGCGGCGACGUUCCGGCGGCUCGAGGCCGAACGGGCCGCGCGGCUCGAGGCCGAACGGGCCGCGCGGCUGGAGGCCGAAGCAGCCGCGCGGCUCGAGGCCGAAGCGGAGGCCUGCGCGCCGGCGCCGGCGCCGGCACCCGCCCCCGCCCCGGCCUAA